CCCCAUUCCACUACUAUGUCUAACCAAAGAAUGAGAUUUUUGUUGCAUUGGUAACAUGAAUGAAAAAAUGGAUUAUAACCGUAAAUUUAUUGUUUUAUAUUACAUUGGUCGCUCAAUGGAAGGCUGUAGAAUCGGCACAGCCUCCAUCAAGUGGCAGUGGACCACCUAAGGGUGGUGGCUCCACUCCAAACCAAUCCUCUACACCUAAAUCGCAACCUACAACUCAAGCUAAUCAAUCGCAAUCACAAUCAAAUCCAACUAACGCAACAAGUGCUAGUCCUACUCCAGGAACUCAGCCAUCUCAAGCAACACCAAAUCAACCCAAUAGUCAGCCAGCAAAAAAUGCAUCGCAACAUCAAUCAAGUGCAUCUGCAACAACUGAAAAAAAUCAAUCUGAAAUUAAGUCGGAGGAACCAACUGGAACAACUACACAUGAUGUUCCUGCAACUAAAUUAACUGUAACUCUUUUGUCUCCGAUAGGUAGUCCUAGACCAAAGAAGACUCCUGAGGUUUUUGCUGCCGAAGGUCCUAGAGAAGCCGUUCCGGUAAACAUCAAUGGGAUGGCCACUGGAACAACUGACUUCAGAGAGGAUUAUCUGAGAAAUGUUAAAGUAUUUACUCCUAAACCCAAAUUCAUAUUCAACCAAAUUGAUUUUAUAAAAACCGGAAGUAAGUGUUGUGGUGGGAGGUGUUGUGCUUCUGAGAAAGUUAUUUGGGAGGCCAAGGACCAAAGUGAGCAUUUUGAAAAGGUGCUUGUUGAUGGUCUAGGAUCCUUUUCGAGUAUUAGCAAUUUUAGUAUCUAUUUUUGCAAUGGGUCUAUUAAGCAUUUUAAAAAGUCAGGAGGUAAAUGGAAUGAGUCUCCCAGUCUCGUCGACCUUGAUAUCAAGAUUACCAAUAGUAACAUCACAGUUGACUUCUCUAAGAAGGAUAACUGUAGGACAUUCACAACCAAACCUGGUUAUUCAAUCAGAAAAGUUAAGAAGAAAGGCAAACUUAUCUGGGGAUCACAAAAUGAAAAUGCUCUAAAGGUGGUACUCAUUGGUAUCAAGAAAGAGCCCAAGCAUCUUUCCGUACUUUUGGAAAGUGGAGAAGUUGUCUUCCUAUUUAAGGAAGGUAAGGAUGAACCUUGGAAAGAUAUAACCUCUAGCAGGAAUAAGUUAACAGAUCUCAAAAUGUUUUCACUUGACGGGAAGAAACAGAUGGAACUCAACAAAGGUCACUACUCUGUAACCAUCUUCGGUACAUACUAUGGUUAUCUGUUCUAUGAAGGUGUUGGCUGUGUGAAGGUUGUGCAUAAGGACAAGACUAUUUGGGACAAGAGGGAGGAAAAAGAGUUUGGUAAUCUGAAGGGAGUAUUCCUUGAUGUUACUUUGAAUAAGUUCAGUGUAAUGAAUGAUGAUGAUAGAUACUGGUUAUGUGAAGAGGUAAAGAAGAUUAAUCCCGUGAGGCUUGACAUCAAUGAGAAGGCCAGUACUGAAGACUACGAUUACACUGUAGAUCAUCACAGAAAUAUUAACAUAUUUACCACCAAAGGUAAUUCAAUGUUUAACAAGGUCAUCAUCCGUGGUAGUACCACCUGUUGCUGUUGUACUUGUUCCGAAUCUGAAGAUCCUAUCUGGGAAACUAAUGAUCCUACUAAGUAUUCUACCAAGGUUUUCGCUGACGGUAUAGGUGCCUGUAGCAGUACCAAAAAUGUGACCAUAUACUUAUUGAACGGUCAGAUAGAACACUAUGGUAAGAGUGGUAGGAAAAACCCAUGGAAGAUGAUCUCUCACAAAUUAACCCUUGACAUAGGUAAGACCUCGAGUACCAUUGGGUAUGACUUUCAUCAUGAUGGUGAGAAGAGGACUUUCACGGCUAAACCUGGAUUCCUAUUCAGCACAGUCAUUCUUAAAACUUCCUGGAGAUGGCUAGUCUGCGGUUCGAGUUGUUGUAAGUCUGGGUGUCUUGAAGAUCAUAUUUUUUGGGAUGCACCAACUUAUGACCAGUGCUCGACCAAGGUUGUAGUCUAUGGUGUUGAAUCUAAUAUUAAGAAUAUUAACAUAUUCCUUAAUAAUAAUAAGAUCAAACACAUACACAAGGUGAGCGGUUACUGGGUCUCAUCGACAGACAUUGUUCUUGACAUUGAGAAUAAUAAAAAUAAUGACCUUUUCGACUAUAGAUCCACCAGAGGAUUUGGCCACUUCAUUCCUAAAGCCAAUUUGACAAUCGAGAAAAUCAUCAAAACAUACAAAUCUAAUUGCUGUGAUUCUGAGUGUUGUGGCACAAUUAAUGAACUCGAGAUUUGGAAAGCAGAUCCAGGGGAUCAUGGUCUUAGAGCAGUGUUGAUGGGUGCGAAAAAGGAGGAGAAACAUCUUUCCGUACUACUCCAGAGUGGUAAUUAUGUACUUCUUAAGAAGUCUAGUAAGGGUCAACCAUGGGAAGACGUUACUAAUGAUAAACACAAUUUCUCCGGGGUAAAGAUGUUUUCCCUGGAAGAGAGUACCUCAAAGUACCAUGAACUGACCAGGGAAGACUAUGAUCCAAUAGUUUUUGAAUGUAGAUAUGGUUAUGAGCUUAAGGAUGGUGUCAAGUGUGUGAUGAUUACGCAUAUGGAUAUGUUACUUUGGACCCAUACUGAAGAUCCUGAGUUUGGGUACCCUAAGGGUCUGUAUCUGGAUCUUCGCAGAAACAUGUUCAUUGUCACAAGUCUUAAAGAUCAGACAAAGGAAAUAGAUAUGGAUAAACUUACUGUUAAGGCUAAGGUGGCUCCACCCAAACCCACUGAACCCACACCCGUGACUCUUGACAUUGAGAAAACUCAGACCACCACUGAGUAUGAGUACAAGGAUGUGAGUGGAGUCGUCACAUAUACUCCCAAGGCAGGUCGUGUGUUUAGUAAGGUAUCCGAAGACCAGUAUGAAAUUUGGGUAUCAGUUUCAGAUGUUUAUGGUACCCUGGUUAGGACCAAGGUCACAAAGGAUAUUAAUUACCUGGUUAUAUUACUGAACAAUAGGACAUUCAAUUUGUUCCAAGAGGGAGAAAAUGAGUGGAAUGAUAUUACCAAAGAGAGACACGAUGUUAAGAAGCUAAGAUUCCUGGGCGAAAGUGACACAGAGAUCCAGACAUCCCAAUACGAAGUAUCCAUUGUAGACAUGUCAUUUUGUCACACAUUCAAUACUGGUGUCAAAUGUAAGAAAGUGAAACUGGGUGAAGAUGUUGUUUAUAACUAUGAUGAUCAUACGGAUUUUGGAGAUAUAUCGGUAUUUUCAUUGGGUCUUGCAUCAAACAAUUUCUUUAUUAAGAACGCCUCUGGAGAUGUCAAGAAGAUAGAAAAGGAGGUUGAGGAAGAGGCUGAAGAACCUACACCUGAGGCCGCUGAGCCUACACCAACUGCUCCUGAAGAACCUACAACUAAGGCUGCUGAACCUACACCUGAGGUUGAGAAAGAGGAAGAAGAGGCUGAGGAACCUGCACCUGCACCAGAACCAACUGAACCUGAGCCUAAGGAUGUUGUUAAGGAACCUGCUAAACCCGAACCAACUCCUAUUACCAAAGCUCCUGAUGCUAGAUCUGAACCAUUCGUUACUCCUCUAUCGGUCACCAAACCUACACACGUUACACUUGAUAUAGAUGACACUCAGAGUACUAGUGAAUAUACCUAUACUGAUCAAAAUGGAGUUGUUACAUACGUUGUUAAGACAGGAUGUGGAUUUUCUAAGGUUACCCAAGGAUCAACUGUUAUUUGGAAUCUCAAAGAUAUUUGUGGUAAAUUGGUUAGGAUUAAGUUAUUUGGCAACAAUGAAAGAUUUUUGGCCGUUAUACUCUAUGACAAUACAUUCAAUCUUUUCCGGCAGUCAGAAGGUAAGGAGUGGGAGGAUGUCACCUGUCAUAGGUGUGAUGUAACGAAACUCAGGUUCUUCGGUCACAAUGACACGGAAUUGAAGACUGUUGACUUUGCAGUCUCGUUCGUAGACUUCUUUUAUAGUUUUAAUUUCAGACCUAUAUCAAGGUGUCUUAAAGUCAAGUAUGGAGAUAGUGAAGUUUGGAAGUAUACUUUUCUUAGUAAUUUUUCAGAUAUAACGACCUUUUAUUAUGGUAUCAUUUCAGAUCGUUUCUUUCUAAGGAACCGGUUUGGCCAAUUUAUGAAACUGAUGUAUGAUCCUUCAACUCAACCUAGGCGAACACCUGAACAGACUCCUGAACAAGACCCAACAGUGACUCAAGGAUCUGGGACUGGUACCUCUGAACCAGCUGAAUCAGCCACUGAGACUUCGUAG